CCUUCAUCCCUUCACCUCUGUCCUGCAUUAAAGGUAUAUAAGAGUGGUAUUAAGCUGGCACACAGUGAAGCCAACAGAGACUCAUCUUACUCAGAGAGGCCGGUGACAUCAGGGCUGAGACAGGCUCAUCGCAGCAGCUUAAAGCCUCCAAAUCGAGAUGCCCGCCACCACCAGAAUCAUUUCUAACCCCCGGAUGUCGGAUAAAGCAAAAAAUGCUAAAUCUGGAAACACACCCACAGAGCAGAUCCCAGCCUAUGAGCCAGAUAUCCCCGAGCCAAAAUGCAGAGCUGAUCUCAUCAAACACUGGUUCAAACUCUCCCUGGAUGACAAAACGGCCAAUAAGAUGCUGUGGAUUGGAGAGGAAGGUGCUAAAGUGGCCCGUAUGACUGAUGACGUAACUUGUCCCGUCUUGGACAGACCAGAGCGAUAUGAGUAUUCUCCACAGGUUCUCUGCAAAGAAGGCAUCCUGGGCUUCCGAGGCUACUGGGAGGUGGAGUUCACCGGGUGGGUCGUGGUCGGGGUCGCGUACGAACGAGCAGGGAGAAGGAACACCGAUGGGUACUGCGGCCUGGGAGAGAACGAGGAGUCCUGGGGCCUCGGCUGGUGUGGUUCCAGUUAUCAAGCCUGGCACAAAGGCGACAAUGUGGAGAUUAAAGAUGUACCUAAGUACACCACAAUCGGUGUGUACCUUGACCAGCCUGCUGGUAUCCUCAAUUUCUAUGGUGUGGAGGAGGUGAAGGAGGGAGAGGAGAGCACAGGAGGAAAGGAAGUCAGACUUGUGCAGCAGGUCAGGUGCCCCUUUGAGCAGAAAAUGAUACCAGGGUUCUGGUUAGGGCCUCAGUCACAGUGUUGGAUGAUAAAGCAGGAGGAAUAACGGACUAAUCAUAUCUGAAAGUUAGUGAUUAAAAGCUUAGUUGUAGAGCUACAGUCAUGGCAGCUUUAAACACAAAAGGACUGGACAACACAUUUGUCUUGCAUAAGCCUACAUAAAUCCUGCACACAUUACAUCAUAGUAAAACAUUAGCGCCUAUGAGAUAUAUUCCUCAUAGUAUCUCAGAGGCAAAUGUACAGUACAUAGGUUUGUACAUUUCAGGCAUGCAAAGUGCAAUCACCUUUGACCUCAUGCUCUUUUGGACUUUUCUGUAACCACAGGACAACUCAAGGUUUAUACUGAUAUAUUUACAUGUAUUUUUAUUCCUCCAUUGUUAUUGUAUGCUAAGAAUGUACAGGGUUACCUCGUUUGGUAUGAAUGUAUACAGACUGUAAAGUUUAAAUAAAUGAUAAAACAUUGAGUGAGACA